UCUUGGCCAGGAUAACAGCAGAUUACUGAAUCAGAGGGCUCUGAGAUGAAAAUAAGAUCAGUGCUUUGUAUGACCACGUACUGCAGAAGGCCUCACAGAAUGACCUGAGCCAGUUAUUAACAUUCCUGUCAUAUUUCAUGUUGAACAAUAUAAUUGAAUCCCAUGUCAGCCUGGAGCUCGGCCACUUGAACUGCCUGCGUACUGUAUAUUACCACUCCAGUCAACCGGUUCAGCCCCAUUCUAGCCCCGCCCCACUGCGCACACCUGUGGCGCACAGCAGCCGCACCUGUGCGGAGCUCUGCGCCCUGCCCGGGCAGACAUCACCUUCCAUUACCGCUCACGCGCUUGUGUCUCCUUCUCCUGACAUGCCGGAGCUCCUGGCUUACCUGCAUGACCCGGAGCUCGUGGCCCGGUUCCAGAGACGAUGCGGACUCUUCCCCGUCGAAGCCGCGCAUCACAGCCGAGGGAGGACGGGCGCUCCGACUGGAACCCGGGUCCACGCCGACAAACCUUGUGGGCAGCUGAAGGGAAGAUGGGACCGCCAGGAUAAUAAUUCAAACUAUGAACACAAGGAGAAUGGAUGUGCCGUUGGUAGCUGCAGCAGGCCUCAGUAUGAGGUGAGGAACUGGCUAUUGCACUUCCUCUUCCUGUUCUCGGCAGGCCUGGGGCAUGAAGUCUUCUACAUCACCUGUCUGCCCUGCAUACACUGGAACCUGGACCCAUUCCUGUGCCGACGCCUGGUCAACAUGUGGACUGUGGUGAUGUACGUUGGCCAGGUGAUGAAAGAUGUGCUGAAGCUGCCUCGCCCUUUCUCACCCCCUGUGGUCAAGCUGGAGACACGUGUCGAUGCAGAGUACGGGCUGCCCUCCACCCACGCCAUGGCCGCCACCGCCAUUUCCUUCACGGUUUUACUGAGCGCUCCCUCCAGGAUACAGUUCCAGUUCGAGGUGGGUCUGCUGAUCGCAGUGACCCUGUCAUCUUUGGUGUGUCUGAGCCGCCUCUACACUGGCAUGCACUCAGUUCUGGAUGUGAUCUGUGGCGCUUUAAUCUCAGCCAUCAUCAUCUUCCUCAGCUACCCAUAUUGGGAAACCUUGGACCAUUUCCAGCUCAAGAGCCACAUCUCCCCCGUCGUGGCAUUGUCACUGCCCCUCUUCCUCAGCUACGCAUACCCAGAGCUGGAUCAUUACAGCACCACGCGAGGGGAUACGACCACCAUUCUAGGAGUAGGGGCCGGGUGCUCUGUGGGAUACUGGGUGAAUGAGCAGCUGGGGCAGACUUUUGAGCCCCAGGGGGUAUUACCUGUUCCCUUGCCCACACUGACGGCGAAUGUACUGGCACUAGGUGCUGCCCGCUUCCUCGUGGGAGUUGUAGCAUUAGUUGGAACUCGGCAGGUAGUGAAAAGACUGAGCCUGCACGUGUUGUAUUCGUGGUACAGAGUGCCAAAAAAUGACGACAGUGCCAGGAGGAGGAGAGAGAUUGAAGUGCCGUAUAAGUUCGCCACAUACACAGCUGUUGGACUUGUCAAUUCUAUACUGGUCAAUAAAGUCUUCAUUUUACUCGGGCUACUAUGACCUGUUAACAUACGACUAGCAAAAAUGUACCUCAUAUUUAUUUCAUUGUGUCUCAAACAACCUUUUUUACAUGUUAACUUUCACAUACAACAAGCUUCCACUGGGAAUGAUUGUGUACUUGUAACUGAGCUGAACACAAAUAAAAUAUUUUGCUCACUUAGUGAGUCUCGAA